CAUUGAAUUUGUACAUACUUCGGUUACACGAAUAAAAAUUACCUAUUCGAGGUGACAAAAAGUUGUAAGUACGAUAUGGGCAGAUGUGCGCAUGCCAUGACACGGUGCGUGUAUCUAUGAAAGUAUGGCCAGCGUAGAAAGCACGUACGGAUGCAUCUAAUAUUAUCUUGGAUUCUGAACUUUUUAAACGCGAUUAUUCCGUGCAUUGGGUGCUGCGUGUCAAUGAAUUUUAUCGAGAGGUUAAGGAUGAAAGUAAUCGAAUAACCUAGAGUGAACGCGUAAAGGCAAAAUCAUAGACGCGAUGCGAUCGGACGAUAUUCCAAAUGCAAGAUAACGAAGAGUUCAAACUUGUAGUUCGUCGAAAGAAACGCGCGUCUCUCGUACGAAAAUGUUCCGAUUCAAAAGUUCCUUUAGCCGAUGACGGAAAUAACGAUAGUGAUUUCGAUAUCGAUUACGAAACACUUUUUAGAACGAUUCUCGAAGCAGAAGUCGAACUGAGAAAUUCGGUGUUCGCUGACGAUGUUUUUUACCGUUUGGAAGAUUCGUUGAAUGCCUUAAGGCUCGACGGUGUUUCUGAGAUAUUGUGUUACGGUUUGGGACAUUUCUCUCGUCGCCGAGCUUCGAAAUAUCAAUUGGCAUUGCUUCUAUUGUUAAGAAAAUAUUAUAAUUCUAGAGUUCACGUGUACGACCCUGUCUUUUAUUUACGCGAGAUUCAAAUUCUCAAGCGGUUCAACUGCAACGUAAUAGAAAUCAACGAGGAAGGCAAACGAAUCGUACAGGAUGGCGUAACAUUGAUAUACAUGCCGCACUGUUCCAUUUAUUUGACUAAUAAUUUUCUUUACACAAAUUGGAGCAAAAACUUAAGCAAGUGUAUUCUGUUGACUAAUAGCUUUUCCAUCGUGACGGAUAAUCUGAUAAAGGCGAAUAGAUCCGUUUCCCUCGAUUACGUGUUGCGUAUUCGACCGUAUGUUACAGAAAUUCCUUUGAGAAAUAAUUUUACUUAUAAAGACGUGUUUAGCGACCUAAAUAUUCAUAUAUUUCUCGAAGAAAACAUUAACGCGAUACCUCAGAGUUUUUGGAAUAAAAGAGACGAACCGUGUUAUCAAGGUACAGAGAUUCAUUACUUGACUGCUGCUCAAACGGAACGUAUGGACCUUACGAAUCGUUGUACGAAAGAUGAAACCUAACGCAAAAUUAGCUCGCUCCCUAAUACGAGAAAUACGACGAGUAUCCUCCGAACAAAACACGAAGAACGAUACGAUGGCACAAUAUAUUUUAGAACAAGCGCGAUCUCAUCGAGAAACCUCUCAAGUUUUAUGCAAAGCGCGGGAAGAGUUGAAAAAUUUAGCGGAGAC